GAGGCUGAUAUAGGUGUGUCUUUAACAGGACCUAUUUAAGGCUGGACCACCUGAGUUGGGGACAGGACAGGCUGGUAUAUGCUGCAGCUCCCCCGUGAUCAUGGCGCGGCUCUCCCUUGCAGAAGUGGGGCUGCUGCUUCUGUUAGCGCUGGCCUUGAUGCUCAGUGCUGAGGCAAAGCAGAAGAGGCUAAAGACCCUGAGGAGGAAGAAGAGAGAGUGGAUCCUUCCACCUGCCAAGAUUGAAGAAAAUGUUGACUACACAAAGAGGGAAUUCAUUGCCAAGAUUCGCUCUGAUAAAGACCAAUACGCAAAGGUUGAGUAUUAUCUCACUGGACCAGGAGCUGACAAGCCACCCUUCAAUCUGUUUAUGGUGGACCAUAACACUGGGUUCGUACGCAUCACUGAUAAAGUGGACCGGGAGACAUAUCCAUCAUUCAAUAUAACAGGGGUCGCCAAAUACUUGAAUGGGACCACAGCUGAGUACGACAUCCCGCUCACUGUCACAAUCCUGGACCAGAAUGACAAUGCUCCUUAUUUUGAACUGCAUACUGGCAACGUCACAGAGGCAAGCAAAGAAGGAACCUUUGUCAUGCAGAUUGUGGGGAAAGAUGAUGACCAAGAUGGCACAAAAAAUUCAGAGAUAUCCUACAGCAUCAUCAGUCAAGAGCCAGCAGGCACAGGUCACAUGUUCACUUUAGACCAAAAGACAGGCAAAAUGUACGUCAAGGAGGCCACCCUGGACAGAGAGACUCAUGACUUCUACAAACUGGUUAUACGGGGGGUUGAUCUGGGAGGGGCAGCACAGGGGCUAUCAGGGACAGGAACUGUGGAGAUCAAGGUCGUGGACAUCAAUGACAACAUCCCCACUCUGGAACAGGCUGAGUACACUGGCUCAGUGGAUGAAAAUGUUGACAAUGUAGUUGUGAUGAGGAUCAAAGCUCUGGACAAAGACCUCAUACACACAGACAACUGGCUCACUGUCUUUACAAUCGCCAAAGGAAAUGAGGAUAAUGUCUUCUCGAUUGAGACAGACAAAGACACCAAUGAGGGCAUCCUGAAGCUGAUUAAGCCUCUGGAUUUUGAAGAGGUUCAGAAUCUUCAGCUUGGCCUGCUCAUUGAGAAUGUAGCUCCUUUUGAGGAGGGUGGUCCUAUACUCAUGGAUGUGGACCUUCUGGUUGGAGAGGGUAAUCCUCUGGCUACUGGAGCUGCUGCAGGAGCUGCUGCGGGAGCCGGAGCCGGAGCCGGAGCCGGAGCUGGAGCUGGAGCUGGAGCAGGAGUGGAUUUAGGUGUAGAUGUAGGGUUGGAUACAGGAGUGGAUUUAGGUGUAGAUGUGGGGUUGGAUGCCGGACUUAAGCCUGAGGCAGGGCUCGGCCCUGGCCCUGGAGUUGGGGUUGGCCUUAAACCAAGUGUCAAACCAGGACCAGGGACAAAGCCAAAGCCAGGGGCACCGAAGAAAAGCUAUCCCAUUAAGAUAGCAGUGAAUAAUAUGCCUGAAGGUCCAGCAUUUAUUCCUGACAUCAAGCAUGUUCCAGUAUCAGAGGAUCCAAAGGAACAACCUGAGGAUGGUGUGAUCACAGUGUUUGCUGCCGUCGAUCCAGACACAGGGAAACAAGCGGAAGAUGUCAGUUAUGCCAAAGCCUAUGAUCCAGAUAACUGGUUUACCAUCGAUGAAGAGACAGCUGAGAUUAAACUCAACAAGAAACCAGACAGAGAGUCAACGUUCUUGGUGAACGGCACCUACAUUGCCAAGAUUCUGGCCAUAACCAAAGACGUGCCAUCAAAGACAGCCACAGGAACAAUAGCCAUUCAAGUGGCUGACUCCAACGACCAUUGUCCCACCUUGACCAGCACUCACAGCAGCCUGUGCUCUGAUGGAAAAACUGUUUAUGUUACUGGCUUUGAUGAAGAUGUUAACCCCAAUGCUGCACCAUUCACAUUCAAAAUCAUACCUGAUGGAACGCGAGGCAGCUGGGACGUAGAACCCAUCAAUGACACGAGUGCUGCUCUUCACUCACGUGAGACGCUGUGGCCUGGCUCGUACAAGCUGCAGGUGGAGGUGUUGGAUGUCCAGGGUCUGUCCUGCCCAGUCAAUGAGGUUUUUACUGUGGAUGUUUGUACCUGUGUGGAAACAGAGGACUGUGGCUCGAGGGCAGCCAAACUAGUAACUACUUCAACGGAGCUCUCUGCCCCAGCCAUUGGCCUGCUGCUAAUGGCAAUGUGCUUGCUGCUGUUCAUCCCUCUUUUCCUGCUCUUCUGCCAGUGUGGAGGAGCAGACACCAUCUUUCCUGACCAAUUUAGCGAUCUGCCAUUUGAUGUCAAAGAACACCUCAUAUCUUACCACACUGAAGGCAAAGGCGAGGAUAAGGAAGUGCCACUUCUCAGCAUCCCUAUCAUGUUGGGUACCCAAAAGAAAGUUGAGAUGGCAUCAGUACCAAACUUCAACACCCUUCCUUCAAAAAUCUCAGAAACUCAUCAGACGACUGCAGUCUACAAUGAAUCUGUGCAGAAGUUUCAGGAAACCAGCCAAAGUUUCAUGGCGGUCGAUAAUGCCUACAGGCUUUCAAGGGAAUCAUUCAACCGUGGUAGAGGCACCGCAAGAUUCGGCAAGCAAACACUUGGCGUGCAAACCAGGACAGCUUUGUAUGAGGAUAUAGCCCUACCUGAUGCUUUCCUCAAUGAAUACUACUCACAGAAAGCAGAGUGUGCAGCACCAGUAAAGGACGGUCUAUUGGAAUAUGAUUUUGAGGGCCAGUGCUCUCCUGCUGGCUCAGUGGGCUGCUGCAGCCUUCUGGAGUCUGACAACAACCUGCAGUUCCUCAAUGAACUCGGGCCAAAGUUCAAGACUCUGGCUGAGAUCUGUUCCCCUCCUACACCAACACCCAAAGUAGCAGGUGCUGUCAAAACCACAGUUGAUAUUGUUAAACCGGUUGUUAAGCCCAAAAUAGAGAAAAGUGAGACAAAACCUACUGAUGUUAAGACAGAGAAAGUCAUGUCAUCUACUAACAUCUCAAAAUCAUCCAUCAGCACUGUAAGCACUGCCUUGCCUUCCAUGACACUUCCUCUCUCCAAGGGUACUAACAUCAGUCAUUCCUCUGACAUCAUUCAGUCUGCUACUCUGCCCCGUCAAGCUCAGACAUUGGUACUAAAGCAGCAGCCAGUUUACUAUACUACCAGACCUGUACUACAGCCCAUGCACUAUGUAGUUCAACCACAGCUACAGAACACAGUUCUUCUGUCAGAUGGGACCCAUGGAGCCAAUUUCCCAGGCUUCUAUGUAGUCAGUGGGCCCCAGAAUCCUUCUUCUGGACUUGUAAUCAGUGGACCCCAGAGUCCUUCUUCUGGACUCGUAAUAAGUGGACCAACAGGCUCUCCUUCUGGGCUAGUUAUCCAGAACACAGAGAGCUCCAAAACCCCUGCCAGCCCCACCAGUCUAGUCAGCCCCAACCUGUUGCUACCUGUGAGCCCAGGUGUGUCUCAGGGCUCAGUCCCUGCGGAUGGCUGGAAAAUCAUAGGGCCAAAUCCUAAUGGUAAUUAUAUGUUAGUUAAGGAUAAGAGUAGUCCAGGAGAGGCAGAGGGGGUGGAUCCAGGCUCACUUCAGGGCACUUUGCCCAGAGGUGCUAUCCUGGUAAAAGAGGCUGCUCCCCCUCAGGGGGUUUUCGGCCCAGCAGCCCAGGGGAGUGUGUAUGCUGUUCUGCCAGGACACACUUUUGCUAAAAAGGGGGAUGUUGUUGCAGUAAAUAGAAAUUUGGGGCAAACAUGGGUUGGGCAACCUGGGCAGAUGGGGUUAGGGCCGGUCACUGUUUUGGGAGGUGGUGUUGGGCAGCCACAAAUGGGAAUGGGACAUGUGGUGGCAGUGAAGUCAGAUGUAAGACAGGCUGGAAUUUGGCCAGCUGGAAUAAGUCCAGUUGGUAUUAGGCAGGUCAGUGUAAACCAGUUCCAAGGAAUUACUCCAUUGGAACAAACUGUGAAUGCCAGUGGUAUUCAAAAAGCAUGGAGAAUUGAUUCACCAAAGGAAGAUAAGACCAAUGUCAAUGCCUUUGUUACUGCUGAAACCACUAAAACUCAUCCGCCUCCAAAGGAGGAGGUUAUGAUGAAAAACUGGUUCAUGGAUGUCAGUGAUUCAGCUCAGAACAUACAUGAUGAUACAGUUGAAGAAAAGCAAUCAGAAGUUGUAAUCACCUACACAUCAGAGCAACAUGUAAUAUUAAAUGAUGCGGAUCCUAGUGAGGUGGUCCAAAGUGCAUUUGAAGACAAUGAGGGUAUCCAAGAGUAUCCAACACAAAAAUCAGAAAAAUAUUCAACUGUAAAUUUUGAAGAAGACAUUGUGAAAUCAUUACCAGUGUCAGAUGUACUGCAGACAUCAUUUGAGCAAUCUGACACAGUGACAGAGAACCCAGGAGAUAAAAUGGACAAAAUAGUGCUGGAUCAGUUGACAGAAUCCGAUGAGCCACAAGAGAACGCAGAGGAAAAAGCUAAGGCUCCACAAUCAGAGCAGCAGGAAAACCAUGUUCCCUCUGAAGGUUUUUCCGAGGCAGUUACAUCUUUGGUCAUUAAAAUGUCAUCCACUGAAGAUUUCCUACAUGGAUCAGAUGUCACUGAUUUAGUUAAUACAGACAAAGAGAAUGAAGAGACAUUAGCAUUUUCUCAAGGAGAGGAAGCCCCUUCUGGUUCAGACUACAUCAGCAGUGUAGACGAUCAAAUACAUGACAACACAGGAGAAAUUGUGGGGAUACAGGAAGCGGCACAAUUGAAAGACAAAGAAGUGCAAGAAGAAGAGAAACCUGUCCAGCUCAGUGCAGUUGAAGGUCCAGAGGACAGAAGUUCUGAGGUUGGGUUAGAAUCUCUAUCAAAUGAAGUCGCAGAGGAUCAAAGUGGAAGGGAGUUCAAUGAAGCUGUCAGUCUAGCAAAGAAAGUUGCUUCAGACUCAGAAACAAAUCAGUUUGUUGCCACUUCUGAUAGUAUCCAGACAGCAGAUAAUUUAAAGGAAAUGACUACUCUCACCAGUAAUGCGCAUGAAGAGGUUAAGGCUGAGCAGGAGCAACUGUUACAUUCUGAAGUGGGACUCAAUACUGUGGGUGAUAAAUUGUCAGCAACUUCUGCAAAUGAGCUUUUAACAGAUACUGUGAAUGAGUUUAAAGAGAGGUCAUUUCCUGAUCAAGAAACAAUGCCAGAAUUACAGGUGAAUCAUAGUGAAGGGGAUAUGAUAGACAGAUCCCAUGCAAAGACAGAUAUUGCUGAUGCUGAAGCAAAAACAACAUUGGAGACUGUGAGCACUGUUUUAACCAACCAAGAUGAGAGAGAUCUGGAUGAUCCAAAUUUGAGACCAGCGUUAGAAGAAAUUAUACUAGCACAAGUAGAGACCUCUAAUGUGCCAACCAUUUCAACAUUAGAGCAACGUCUACAUACAGCAAAAGACUCUGUUCACAAAAAAGAUGAUGAUAAUCGACAAAAUAUAACAGCAGGCUCAGAAGUAGACAAUGAUAAAGUCGAAUCAGAUGGAGACAGUAUAAGCAAUAGAGAGACAGAGGAGAUAAUUGUGGAGGAAGGAGUGUCACAGAGAUUCGGCACCUCUGAUGACCAAGAUGAAGACACUGAAAGACAAGAUGCAUUUAGCACAAGUUCUCAAAUGGAGGAUAAGUUCAUCUCAGAUGACAGCAAUACUGAUGAAGAGAAAGAUGAGGCUCCUGUGGAGGAAAUGUUGUCACUGGUACAGCAAGAUAUGCAAGAGAGUGCAAAGGAAUAUGCAUUACAUAUGAGUUCUCAAGUGGAUGGGACCUUAAUCUCAGAUAACGAGGAGGAGAAUGUAGAGGUAAUGGCAUUAUCCGUACAGCAAAAUGUUCGCAUCACAGAUGACCAAGAUGAAAAGAUUGAAAGAGAAGCUGCAUCAGGUAGAAGUUCUCCAUUGGAGGAUCAACUCAUCUCAGAAGACAACAUAAGAGAUGGGGUGAAAAAAGAGGAUACUGUGGAGGAAGAGGUAUCACCUGUACAGCAAGAUAUAGACUUCUCAGAUGACCAAGACAAAGAGAGUGGAAAAGAAGAUACAUCAUGUGCCAGUCCUGAAAUUGAUGGGACCUUAAUCUCAGAUAACGAGGAGGAUAUUGCAGAGGUAGUGGAAUUAUCCACACAUCAAAAUAUUAGCAUCGCAGACGACCAAGAUGAAGAGAUUGAAAGAGAAGCUGCAUCAGGAAGAAGUCUUCCACUGGAUGAUCAGCUCAUUUCAGAAGACAACAUAAGAGAUGGAGCGAAAGAGGAGUAUAUUGUCGAGGAAGAGGUGUCACCUGUACAGCAAGAUAUAGGCUUCUCAGAUGGCCAAGAUGAAGACAGUGCAAAAGAAGAUUUAUCAGACACAAGCCCUCAAAUUGAUGGGACCUUAAUCUCAGUUAACGAGGAGGAGAAUGUGGAGGUAGUAGAAUUAUCCUUACAGCUAAAUGUUUCCAUCACAGAUGACCAAGAUGCAGAGAUUGAAAGAGAAGCUGCAUCAGGAAGAGGUCCUCCAUUGGAGGAUCAGCUUAUCUUACAGGACAACAUAAGAGAUGGAGUGAAAGAAGAGCAUAUUGUGGAGGAAGAGAUAUUAACUGUUCAGCAAACGACUAGCAUCUCUAGUGAAGAUGAUCACAUGGAGGAUAAGCUCAUCUCAGAUGACAGUGUAAGUGAUGGAGAGAAAGAUGAGUUGUCUAAGCAGCAAAAAAGUAGCAUUUCAGAUGACCAAGAUGAAGAAAACAAAAGAGAAGAUGCACUAGGAACAAGUCCUCAGUCACGGGAUUAUCUCAUGUGCUCAGAUAACAUACAUGAUGGAGAAAAGGAAGAUAUAGUAACGUCACCUUCACAGCUAAAUAUAAGAGUCCCAGAUGACCAAGAUGUUAAAAGAGCAAAAGGAGACACAUCAGGCAGAAGUUCUCACAUAGAAGAAGAAGGCAUUAAGUCUUACUGGAUGUUACAAGAGGACUCUCAGUCUUUAGAGACUGAAUGUUUGGAGAUGAAUCAGGUGGCAGCAAUGUCAAAGGUGACUGAAAUUCAAGAAAUGCCAUAUGACGUUACUACACAUCAAGUAAGGCAAGGGAUAGAAUCUUCUCAGAUAGGUGACAUAACUCUGGAUAUUAAUGAGGGACAAGAUACUGUUGGUCAAGAGUUAGUGAGGGGUGCUAACAUGAUGGGUUUGGACGAUGUGGUCACAUCUUCAGAGGAACUGAUAUCAUCCAGGGUGGCCAUAGGACAGGUUUCUGUGUCAAGUCAAGACAAAGGGGCCAGUGGUAACAUAUUGGCAUCUGGACAAGUAGCUGAGGGUGAAACCACUCAGUCUGAUUACCAGAGCACAGAAGUACUUAAUUUGGAAAAAGGCAAAGCAGAAGCCACUUCUGACCUAGAGAUUAUGGAUCGAAUAGAUUAUGCAUCUGGUCAAAAGACCACUGUUUUGGAAACAGACCCAGCCUUAGCAGAGACAGGAGCUGCAAAUUUUCUUGCAAGAAGUGAGGUAGCUGAGGAGGCUGGUUACCUUAUUCAGAAUGAGAGCGUGCAUAUGACUGGAGAAGCAGCAGAGAUAGGCCCAGACACUGUGGGGGAAGCUGGUUUUAUAGAGGUUGAGGCAAGUGGUAGUCAAGUGAGUCCUGCAGAGCUUCAGACAGUUAUCAGCCAAACUGCUCGGAACAAAGCCAGAAAGGGUAAAAAGGACAAGAGUCUAAAAAGCCCCUCUGGAAAGUGUAAGCAACAGUGAUUGUUCUCCGUUUGAAGCUGGGUUAUAUAGAUACACAGUUUCCCUAUACAAUGUGGAAGUGGUAAGCACCUGGCUGGGAGCGUUUCCACCUAGAGAUCAGUUUGCUUGAGCAUAUGUGAACACAGCAAUCACACUUGGAUGCGAGACAUAACAAGCAGGCGAGAUCAUCCAAAUCUGUUCAGGAAACAAUCUUAACAACAACAAUCCUGUAUGAGCCAUGUACAUAUUUAUACUAAUAAUUUGGUUACCAUGGCAACACGUACGCAUGUAAUAAUGCUGAAUCAGUCAUUUCUUCAUGAGGUCUUUGUGUCAUAAUGUACACUUUAAAAGCAUCAAAGUGUCACUCACCAGAAUUUCCCCACGUGGGUUCUGAUGAUGCAGGAUGACUUUCCAAUCAACAAGUUAACUGUCAGUCUGUAUAACUUUAUAUAUACUCCUCUUGGUUCAUUUGUAAAAAGUCCGUGUGAACACAAACCGGAACAGAAUUUAAAUGCAACAUUGUGUAAUAUUUUCCCCUUGGUCUGGACCAAAUUAACCCAACCACAGGUGUGAAAGCACUGAACUGUCUUCACACGUCAAAAACCUGCAGCCACACCCACGCUUUAAUCAAGGGUGGGUGUGGCUGCAAGUUUUUGUUCCAAUCAAGCAAGAGGACACCUGAAAUGACUGUGUGAAGACAGUUCAAUUGAUUGAAUGAACCAAGUCAGGUGUGCUGCUGCAUGGUUGGAAUAAAAACCUGCAGCCACACCGGCCCUUUCAUGGAUCAGUUUGACACCCCUGAUCUAGACGGACUGAACUGCAUCAGCAAGCAUAAGUCCGUGCAUCAGGAUACUUUACUGUUGUAACUUCCUACUUGUUUUGUAGGGUGGGGGGGACAAUUACCAACUCUGCCACCCUAGUUGACAGCAGCCAUCACUUUAAUGUCAAACCUGCCCCAGCAGGUCUGUUAUUACUUUAUUCCACAGAAUGCCAAAUAUACAAGAGUGGCAGAAGACCAAGCACUGCUGCUUAGAAACCGUUUCUCUCUCUUUUAGAAUGGAGACACCAACAGCAGAAUGUCAUUUGACUGGUCAGAGUCUUUGUUAGUGAGGAUGGGCAUAUUUUUACAUUAAAGCAAACCUUAUAACUUUUUUACCAUACUUUUAACCAUAACUUUGGACAACAUAAAUUUGAGAUCAAUUUUCAGUUACAGAGAAAAGUCAGUUUUUGGUCAAGUCAAAAUGAUUGUAUAAUGCCUAUUUUAUAGCUCUGAUUGCAAACAUCACUGAUGUGAAGCUGGUUCUAGUCCUGUGCUUUGAAUUUUGGUGGUGGGUCAACCCAAUGUCUUAUCUUUUAUUUGAUCAUCUAAUAACAUGUGAUAGAGGCAUCUGUUCUUAUUUGCUUUUAGCUGAAACGAAAAUCAUUACUAGACAGAACACGUUUAACAAGUUGAAAGAGAAGCCGCAGGAACUAUGUUGGAUUUAUUAACAUACUUGUCUUCACCUGUAUGAGGGCGCAGUAGUUUGGUGAUUUUAUCUUUUCAUCUUCUUCUUUUUUUACGAUUGCAAUAAAAAUGUCAUUACUUUUAGUAAAAGAACAUUUGGAAA